UGCCAUAAGUAGCUGGACCAGCCGUGCCCGACGCCCCUCUCGCUCUCCUCUCCCCCCGGUCAAAGCCAGCACGACAACACACCGGACUGGCUAGCUGUCCCCUUCGCUCCCUCGGCUUCCUUCCUCGGCGCCGCUGCCGGCCCGCGCCUGCGCCUCCGGCCGCGCCUCUAUCCCUCCGCCCCGCCCCUCCCGCCUCGGCCCCGCCCGCAUUCCUUCCCGCGCCGCGUCGCCACCGAAUCGGGCGGAAUCCGAGGGGAAGGGGGAGUAAUGGGGUCGCCGGGGGCCGGGAGCAGCGGCGGCGGCCACGAGUGCUCCUUCAAGAUCCUCCUCAUCGGGGACUCGAGCGUCGGCAAGAGCAGCCUCCUCGUCAGCUUCGUCGCCGCCUCCCAGCUCGACGACGACAUCGCCCCGACCAUCGGAGUGGAUUUUAAAAUCAAGUUCCUUACAGUUGGUGGAAAGAAACUAAAGUUGACAAUAUGGGAUACCGCUGGCCAGGAGAGGUUUAGGACAAUUACUAGUUCUUACUACAGAGGUGCUCAGGGAAUUAUUCUAGUAUAUGAUGUCACGAAGAGAGAGAGUUUCUCAAACUUGGCUGAUGUGUGGACUAAGGAAAUAGAAGCAAACUCAACGAACAAAGACUGCAUAAAAAUGCUUGUUGGGAACAAAGUUGACAAGGAUGAUGAAAGAAUGGUCACAAGAGAAGAAGGCCUUGCAUUUGCAGAAGAAUCUGGAUGUCUAUUUCUCGAGAGCAGUGCAAAAACACGAGAAAAUGUUGAGAAAUGUUUUGAAGAACUUGCACUGAAGAUUCUCGAGGUGCCGAGUCUCCUGGAGGAAGGGUCAUCUUCGGUUGUCAAGAGGAACAUCCUCAAACAGAAGCAGGAAAGUCAUGCAAAGCACGGUAAUGGAUGCUGUCACUAGACGAGCCAAUCUACUCGGCACGUUUGGUCGUCUUCGUGUGAGCUGCCCUUAUGUUCUGCUGUAAAUGAUUGUAUCUACAUGGUCUGUGAGUAAAAAGGGGGUUAAAGAAUCAGCUUGUGGGGGUUUUGGGGUAGUGAUUAUAAUUGAUUUGUACAAAGGACAUGCGGCCUCUUUUCGGUUGUUAUUCAAUUUUUUUCUCGUCUCCAAGUUUAGCAGUUUUGUUGCCCUUGAAAUGGAAUCAGCUGUCCUUUUUUUCCUCCCUUUCUCUCCUUUCUUUCCAUUUUUGUACUAUAGUAGUAUAAGGUGUUAAAGAUAUGCUUCCCUCUUUGUUUUCCUCUCUA